CUCAGAGGAAAAAAAAAAAAAAAAAGGCAAGACGGAAAAGAAAGACGGCUCUGCCUGCUUAGAGCAUCCUCUGAUGGUUGCGUGAACAGAAAUAGCCUCGAAAUGAAGCUUUUUGGAGCUCGUUCAGAAAAUUUGUCAACUUUGACAACGUGAGCUGAGGUGUUUCGAUCUCAGAGAAAGCACUUCUCCCUGCUGUUAAGAACUGUGGCAUUUGCUUGGCCACGCUGGCUGGUGUAUGGUGAAAGGCCACGGGUACUCACACGUUGCAGAGAAUUUAGGCAUGCCUUUAUUUCAGGAUGAAAAAGGGAAAAAAAAAAAAUGACUAAUUGCCUCAUGUCCUUAAAUGCUGCGCUAUAUCCUGCUCGCUUGCUAUCCCUGGGUGGAAUUGUUGGUGAAUUUGGAAUUUAUCUGAACCCCGAGGAGCAGCCGAAUAGCGAGAGGUUCCUCCUCCCGCCCCGCAGGAAUUUCCACUGCACUCGAUUUUUAUCAGUUGCUUCUCAGCUCUGUCUGUCCGUCUGUGUUUCUUUCCUCCCCCCCCUCCCUCUCCGUGAGCGGCUCCUCUGUUUUCGGGGGUGCAAAUUGUGAGCCACCAACGUGGGCAGCGGCACACUGGGCGUGCACACACCUGUGUGGGGAGGGCCCUGUCCCCUUCCCUCUGCCUCUGCUCCUGCUCACAGUGCUGGCGCUGCCCGCGUGUUGCACGCACAGGGUGUGCAUGAGAAGCUUUCCUCUGCACGUGCACACGUGUUGUUCACCAGCCGAAUUGUUACCAAGCGGCUCUGGCUCGGGGAAAUACACCCCUGUGUGUGUGAGCGCGUGCAGUGCUCUCAGCCUCCAAUUCAUGUACGUGAAUAAUACAUCUGGCAAUAAAGCACGGUGUUCACUUGUUUUCCUUGCACCACCGCGGCUUUGCAGCGCGUUCGCAAAGACUGCUCCUUUGAUUUUCCCAGUAAAACCGUUAAGUCGAGUCAGAAAUCUGCCCUUAUCCACGAGAGUGGGUACAGUGGCAGGGUUCUGCAGGCUGCAGCCGCUCCUGCACGGCGUGUUCCGGGGGCCGAUCCAUUGGGUUCCCGUUGCAGUGGCGAUGGUUGCGGGGUGGGCGUUGUGGGGUGCCUCUGUGUUGGGGGGGACCACACGGCAGCGCUCAUGGCCGGGAGCUUCCCGCCUGCCCCUGUGCCCAGCGCUCGUUGCCAGAGUUCUAACGUGUGUCCUUUUGUUUCUCCAAACACAGCUGAACCUCUCGAAGCCAUUCUCACCGAUGAUGAACCCGAGCAUAGCGCGCUGGGAGCUCCGGAAGGGGACCAUGACCUCCUCACCUGUGGCCAGUGUCAGAUGAACUUCCCGUUGGGGGACAUUCUUAUUUUUAUUGAGCACAAACGGAAACAAUGCAAUGGCAGUCUCUGCUUAGAGAAGGCUGUGGAUAAGCCACCCUCGCCCUCCCCAAGCGAGCUGAAAAAAGCAUCCAAUCCCGUGGAGGUUGGCAUCCAGGUUACGCCGGAGGAUGACGAUUGUUUGUCGACGUCAUCGAGAGGAAUUUGCCCAAAACAGGAACACAUAGCAGGUAAAGAAGAGCCCAGCAGCUACACGUGCACGACUUGUAAACAACCUUUCAACAGCGCCUGGUUCCUCUUGCAGCACGCACAGAACACGCACGGCUUACGGAUCUACCUAGAAAGCGAGCAUGGCAGCCCCCUGACACCACGGGUUGGUAUCCCAUCAGGACUAGGUGCAGAGUGCCCUUCCCAGCCACCUCUCCAUGGGAUUCACAUUGCAGACAAUAACCCUUUUAACCUGCUCAGAAUACCCGGCUCGGUCUCGAGAGAGGCGUCGGGGCUGGGAGAAGGGCGAUUCCCACCCACGCCGCCCCUCUUUAGCCCUCCCCCGAGGCACCAUUUGGAUCCGCAUCGCAUAGAGCGCCUGGGUGCCGAAGAAAUGGCUCUGGCCACCCAUCACCCUAGUGCCUUUGACAGGGUGCUGCGACUGAACCCCAUGGCGAUGGAGCCCCCUGCUAUGGAUUUCUCCCGGCGGCUGCGGGAGCUGGCCGGCAACACCUCCAGUCCGCCCCUGUCCCCGAGCCGGCCCAGCCCUAUGCAAAGGCUGCUGCAGCCCUUCCAGCCUGGCAGCAAGCCCCCGUUCCUGGCCACACCACCUCUUCCUCCUCUGCAGUCCGCUCCUCCUCCCUCCCAGCCACCAAUGAAGUCCAAGUCCUGCGAGUUCUGUGGGAAGACCUUCAAGUUCCAGAGCAACUUGGUGGUCCACCGCCGGAGCCACACUGGGGAGAAGCCCUACAAGUGCAACCUGUGCGACCAUGCCUGCACGCAGGCCAGCAAACUGAAGCGCCACAUGAAGACACACAUGCACAAGUCAUCACCCAUGACAGUGAAGUCGGAUGAUGGGCUCUCCACUGCCAGCUCCCCUGAGCCGGGCACCAGCGACCUGGUUGGCAGUGCCAGCAGUGCCCUCAAGUCAGUGGUGGCCAAGUUCAAGAGUGAGAACGACC